GAUUGCUCCAUGACGAAGAAGAGGAGAGCUGAAGAGCAGGCUUUGGGUGUCCCAGUCAACAAGAGAAAAUCCCUGCUAAUGAAGCCCCGACACUACAGCCCCAACAUAGACUGCAAAGAAGAACAUGACCACAAGACAGAGGCCGAGGAGGAUGAUGGCCUCUUGGAAACCAACGAUCACCCUACCACAGAAGAAAUCAUGAUAGAACCUAUGGAUGACAACCUUCAUUCAACUGCACAAGAAAACUCCAGUGGGAAGGAAGACAGAUAUGGCUGUUGUCAAGAGCUCAUGGUCAAAUCUUUAAUGCACUUGGGGAAAUUUGAAAAAAAUACAUCUGUCCAGACCAUAAAUGAAAACUUAAAUGACAGUGGCAUCCAGUCUCUAAAAGCAGAGAGUGAUGAAGUAGAUGAGUGCUUUAUGAUUCAUUCCGAUGAUGGAAAAGACAAAAUCAAGGAUUCCCAGCUACGGUUCUGCUCCUCUGAUGACAAUGAAAGUAACUCUGAGAGUGCGGAAAAUGGUUGGGACAGUGGCUCCAACUUCUCAGAAGAAACCAAACCACAUAGAGUCCCAAAGUAUAUUUUAGUGGAUAAUAGGAAAGACCUACUGGAAGUUCCCGAAAUAAAAACUGAAGGAGACAAAUAUAUCUCUUGUGAAAACAUGUGUGAUUCCGAAACAGAAAGGAGAGACUCACAGAGUGCUCACAUGGAACUACUGGAUGGCAAAGCCCAGCCCUCGUUCCCUGGGACUGAGGAUGACGAUAAUGAGUGCCUGGCAGCGAUGACAGAAGAGUCUGUUGACCUGGAGAAAGCAAAGGGAAACUUAAGUUUGCUGGAGCAGGCAAUUGCUCUGCAGGCUGAGCAAGGUUGUGUUUUCCAUAACACCUACAAAGACUUGGACAGGUUUCUGCUGGAGCAUCUAGCAGGGGAAAGGAGGCAAACCAAAGUUAUUGACAUUGGUGGAAGACAAAUCUUUAACAAUAAACAUUCACCGAGGCCUGAAAAGAGAGAGACCAAGUGCCCCAUCCCCGGGUGUGAUGGCACAGGACACGUGACAGGCCUCUACCCUCACCACCGCAGCCUUUCGGGGUGCCCCCACAAAGUACGGGUUCCCCUGGAAAUUCUUGCCAUGCAUGAAAAUGUGCUCAAGUGUCCCACCCCAGGAUGCACAGGAAGAGGGCAUGUGAACAGCAACCGCAACACCCACAGGAGUCUUUCCGGCUGUCCAAUUGCUGCAGCUGAAAAAUUGGCAAUGUCCCAGGACAAAAAUCAGCUUGAUUCUCCUAAAACUGGGCAGUGUCCUGACCAGGUUCACAGGACUAGUUUGGUGAAGCAAAUUGAAUUCAAUUUCCGAUCACAAGCCAUCACCUCUCCCAGAGCCACGGUGUCAAAAGAACAGGAGAAGUUUGGGAAAGUACCAUUUGAUUAUGCCAGUUUCGAUGCCCAGGUUUUUGGUAAACGCUCUAUCAUACAGACAGGUCAAGGACGAAAAACACCACCAUUUCCAGAAUCAAAGCAUUUUUCAAAUCCAGGGAAAUUUCCUAAUCGACUGCCUAGUGCAGGCGCCCACACACAGAGCCCUUGCCGCUCCAGCUCUUAUAGCUACGGUCCAUGUAGUGAAGACACCCACAUAGCAGCAGCUGCUGCCAUCCUGAACCUUUCCACCCGCUGCAGGGAAGCUGCAGACAUCCUCUCCAACAAACCACAGAGUCUGCAUGCCAAGGGAGCCGAGAUAGAAGUGGAUGAAAAUGGCACAUUGGACUUAAGCAUGAAAAAAAACCGAAUACUGGACAGAGCUGCACCCCUAACAUCCUCUAACACUUCUGUUCCAACUCCUUCCUCUUCCCCAUUCAAAACAAGCAGCAUUCUGGUCAAUGCAGCCUUCUGUCAGGCUCUCUGUGAUCGCGAGGGCUGGGAUACCCCUAUCAACUAUAGCAAAACUCAUGGGAAGACAGAGGAGGAGAAAGAGAAAGAUCCAGUGAACUCUCUGGAAAAUUUAGAGGAAAAAAAGUUUCCUGGAGAGGCCGCCAUACCAAGCCCUAAACCCAAGCUCCAUGCGAGAGAUCUCAAAAAAGAAUUAAUCACCUGUCCAACGCCAGGAUGUGAUGGAAGUGGCCAUGUCACAGGAAACUAUGCCUCCCAUCGCAGUGUUUCUGGAUGUCCUUUAGCAGAUAAGACUCUUAAAUCCCUCAUGGCUGCUAACUCUCAGGAGCUUAAGUGUCCAACCCCAGGUUGUGAUGGUUCAGGGCACGUGACUGGAAACUAUGCUUCCCACAGAAGCUUGUCCGGCUGCCCUCGUGCCAGAAAAGGUGGUGUCAAAAUGACUCCUACAAAGGAAGAAAAAGAAGACCCUGAACUCAAGUGUCCUGUGAUAGGGUGUGACGGCCAAGGUCACAUAUCAGGUAAAUACACAUCCCACCGCACAGCUUCUGGCUGUCCCCUGGCUGCCAAGAGACAGAAGGAGAAUCCUCUCAGUGGGGCCCCCCUCUCCUGGAAACUGAGCAAACAAGAACUGCCACACUGUCCCUUGCCAGGCUGCAAUGGGCUGGGCCAUGUAAAUAAUGUUUUUGUCACCCACAGAAGCUUAUCUGGAUGUCCUCUAAAUGCACAAGCCAUCAAAAAGGGCAAGGUCUCAGAAGAGCUAAUGACCAUCAAGCUCAAAGCAACUGGAGGUAUAGAGAGUGAUGAAGAAAUUAGGCAUUUGGAUGAAGAAAUAAAGGAAUUGAAUGAAUCCAACCUUAAAAUUGAAGCAGAUAUGAUGAAACUUCAGACGCAGAUCACAUCUAUGGAGAGCAACUUAAAGACGAUAGAGGAGGAGAACAAACUUAUAGAACAGAACAAUGAAAGCCUACUGAAGGAGCUGGCGGGUCUGAGCCAAGCUCUCAUUUCAAGCCUUGCGGACAUCCAGCUCCCACAGAUGGGGCCUAUCAGUGAGCAGAAUUUUGAAGCAUAUGUAAAUACGCUCACAGACAUGUACAGCAAUCUGGAACGGGACUAUUCCCCGGAAUGCAAAGCUCUGCUGGAAAGUAUCAAACAGGCAGUGAAGGGCAUCCACGUGUAG